UCUGUAGAUCUUGCAGUAGUUACUUUGUUUAUGCUGCUCCAUGUGUGAAUAUUAUGCUACAUGCUAUGCUAAUAGGCAAAUUUAAGGCUUGAACUGAGUUAUUCCUUGUUUAAACAGUGCAAAAGUUGUCUAAUAAGAUGUGGUAAACAGCUUAAAAACAGUCUAAGGUGGUUUGCUGAUUUUAGCUGGCUAACAGACUGGUCAAAUUUAAGUUGUUAAAAGUUGUUAGUCAGCUUGGAAGAUUAGCUCACUGACCAGCUAAAUCAGCUGAACACCAUCUUUGCCAGGCGGGGAGAACCACCUGAAGACCAGUUUGGUCCCAUUGGGAGACCAGCUAACUGUUUUAAUCCACCAGAAAUCCAUGGUAAGUGACAUUUUUUGUAAAUCAGUAUAUUUCAUGUUUAGUAACCACUAUCUAUUUUUCUUCGGUUUUCUCAGCAGACAAGAAUUGAAGAACUGCAGAAGCAUCUCCUGUUGGCAGGUAAAUAAGGUGUAUGAAUUCAUGGUUCCAGUUCUUCAUCUGUGGGACACAUAAACAGGUUUGUAAUCCUGUAUCUUUGCUUCUCUGGGCUCACAAGGGGUAUAAAUGGAAAAUCGGUAACCAGUUGGAUGCUAUGCAUUGGUCAGUCCCUCAUUAAGUAAUGUGAUUAGCAGUCAGUGGGUGGAUGCACCAAACAUGACGUCAACAGUGGAGACUGCCCUAAUCUGCAAGACACAGAUUUCAUAGUUUUCAAGUUUUCUCCUACUAUUUUUACUCUAGGUAUAGCUUUUCAUUGAUAAAUGCAUUGAGUUUUUUCACUUUUAUUGUGAGGAAAAGAGAAAGCCACAGCCAUCUGCCUCUCAGUGUAGAUGGCCGCAUCUUAAUCCAGAUUAUGGCUGCAGCAUAAACGUUUUUUUUUUUUUCUGGCCGCCAUUACUAGUCAACAGUGUGUCCUUGAUAACAGACAGGCAGGUCGUUUAGCCUAGCUCCAAUUAAACCACCAACAAUCCAUCUGAGGGACCUCCCUGGACUUUCUCCGAAAGAUUUCAGGAAAUCACAACUUGACGUCAAGCUUGAGACUCCAGCGGGGUAAAAAAUAAUGGCAUUUCUAAUCAAAAGUAUGGUGGGGAACCCACUGAAGGGAAUGGGAUUUGGAGGAGGAGAAGAAAAGGCUGAGGAGGAGACCCCCAAGGACCCUGCAGCGGCCGCCGGUAUGACUAGAGAAGAAUAUGAGGAGUACCAGAAACAAGUAGUGGAGGAGAAAAUGGAAAGAGAUGCAGACUUCUUGCACAAGAAAGCAGAGAGGGCGACUCUGAGGGUUUGUCUACGAGAAAAAUACAGACUUCCUAAAAGUGAGCAGGAUGACAACAUGAUCCAGAUGGCAGGAGAUGACGUGGACGUUCCCGAGGAGCUGCUGAAGAUGGUGGAUGAGGAUGCCACGGAGGAGGAGGAGAAGGACUCCAUCCUGGGGCAGAUGCAGAACUUACAGAACAUGGACAUGGAUCAGAUAAAAGAGAAAGCCAGUGCUACACUGACAGAGAUGAAGUCCAAGGCUGAGGAGAAGUGUUCUGUCAUGUAGUGGCUUAGCAAGUUCACACAUUUCUACAAACCAGGCCAGGUUUUUGAUACAAAAACCAGGUCGGGUUUUUGAAAUACGGUUUUGAAAACCUUUUUUUUGAUAUGUCUUCAAAUGAAAUUUCAUUUGAAAGCAUGUCAGAAGAAGUCACUCAAGUUCUAUGUUCCCAAAAGCUGCAAGGUUCUGGCUCUAGAUCAGCUUUUCAGCUUCUCUUGCUUGGCUCCCAAUUUUGCUGUAGGACUUUUUCUUGUUUGAAUAAAUGAUGUUGUAGUCUAUUCCCUCCUUUUCCUUGUUUUUUUUUCUUUUUCUUUUUCUUCUUGCAAUAUUACCUGUAAAUAUAUCUAACAAACAUCUAACUUGAACCUGAGGUGGAGAAGCUUUGUUUAAAUCCCCCUCCUGCUUUUUUGCACAAGGGAUGAGACGAAUGUUAUGCUGUUUCUUGUUCAUUUUUUGACAACAAACCGUCUAGCAUUGACAUAUACAGUAUGAUAUUGUAAUACUCAGUAGGAUUCUAGUCAUAUGUAUUAGGUUUUUAUGUGAGGUAAAUAGGCAUGAAUCGGAUUGUAAACAGAUUUAACAUAUGAAUAAAACAGUCGAUUAAAAAACUGAGUCUGCCAUGCAUUUGUGAUCAAAAUAAGUAGACAUCUGUGAGAUUUUCUUGGUCAUAAUAUCUUAUUGUGUCAAUGUUUUAUACCAUGUAGCUUUAUAUUUACAAGAAAACAACUAAAUCCGGUAAAAAGGGUCAA